UAUAGUAAUGUGUUAAAACACUAAACACUGGCUUAUUUGUAGCCUCCAAUCUCUCUCUUAAAAUCUAUAAAAUCUCAAAUCUUUUUACUGAAAAACAAAGAAAACACAAACACUGAGACAAUAAUUCUUUUGUUUUGAAUCUUUCUCUCUUUCAAAAGAGGGAGAGAGAGCUCAAGAAAAUCAAUCAAAAAUGGCAGGCAAUGAUUGGAUAAACAGCUAUUUAGAAGCAAUUCUUGAUGUGGGUCCUGGCUUAGAUGAUGCUAAAUCAUCUCUGUUACUCAGAGAACGAGGAAGAUUCAGUCCAACUCGUUAUUUUGUUGAGCAAGUUAUUACUGGAUUUGAUGAAACUGAUCUUCAUCGUUCAUGGGCCCGAGCUCAGGCUACUAAGAGUCCUCAAGAGAGGAAUACAAGGUUGGAGAAUAUGUGUUGGAGGAUUUGGAACUUAGCUCGUCAGAAGAAACAGCUUGAGGGAGAGCUUGCCCAGAGGAAUGCUAAGCGUCGGCUUGAACUAGAAAGAGGUCGCAGAGAAGCAACAGCUGAUAUGUCUGAAGAUCUAUCAGAGGGAGAAAAAGGAGAUACAGUCAGCGAGAUGUCAGCUCAUGGUGAUAGUCAUAGAGGCAGACUGCCCAGAAUCAGUUCAGUAGAUGCGAUGGAGGCAUGGGCCAGUCAGCAAAAGGGCAAAAAAUUAUACAUUGUCUUAAUAAGCCUUCAUGGUCUAAUACGGGGUGAAAAUAUGGAGCUUGGGCGUGAUUCAGAUACGGGUGGUCAGGUUAAGUAUGUUGUGGAACUUGCGAGGGCUCUGGCCUCAAUGCCAGGAGUCUACCGUGUUGAUUUGUUAACUAGACAAGUAUCAUCUCCAGAUGUAGAUUGGAGUUAUGGUGAGCCGACAGAGAUGCUGACUCUUAGAAGCUCAGAUGAUUCUGAGGAUGAAAUGGGAGAAAGCAGCGGUGCCUAUAUUGUUCGUGUACCCUUCGGACCAAAGGAUAAAUAUGUUCCUAAGGAACUAUUGUGGCCUCACAUUCCUGAAUUUGUUGAUGGUGCACUUAAGCACAUCAUUCAGAUGUCUAAAGUUCUGGGGGAGCAAAUUGGUGGUGGGAAGCCAAUCUGGCCUGCAGCCAUCCAUGGGCAUUAUGCCGAUGCAGGCGAUUCUGCUGCUCUUUUAUCUGGUGCCUUAAAUGUGCCAAUGCUUUUCACUGGUCAUUCACUUGGCCGAGAUAAGUUAGAACAGCUACUUAAACAAGGCCGGUCAUCACGGGAUGAGAUAAAUGUGACAUAUAAAAUUAUGCGUCGUAUAGAGGCUGAGGAGUUUUCUAUAGAUUCUUCUGAGAUAAUCAUAACCAGUACUAAACAAGAGAUUGAUGAGCAGUGGCGCUUGUAUGAUGGUUUUGAUCCAAUACUGGAGCGCAAAUUGCGAGUGAGAAUCAAACGCAAUGUUAGCUGUUAUGGCAGGUUCAUGCCUCGCAUGGCUAUAAUUCCUCCCGGAAUGGAGUUUCAUCACAUUGUUCCCCAUGAAGGAGAUAUGGAUGGUGAAACAGAAGGAAAUGACGAUCAUCCUACUUCUCCUGAUCCACCAAUCUGGACCGAGAUAAUGCGAUUCUUCACAAAUCCUCGUAAGCCUUUGAUACUUGCCCUUGCUAGGCCAGAUCCUAAAAAGAACAUCACGACUUUGGUUAAAGCAUUUGGAGAAUGUCGCCCAUUGAGAGAGCUUGCAAACCUUACACUAAUCAUGGGUAACCGAGACGGAAUUGAUGAAAUGUCAAGUACAAGUGCUUCUGUUCUUCUUUCAGUUCUUAAGCUUAUUGACAAAUAUGAUCUGUAUGGGCAAGUUGCUUACCCUAAACACCACAAGCAAUCUGAUGUCCCUGACAUAUAUCGUCUAGCCGCAAAGACAAAGGGUGUUUUCAUCAAUCCAGCUUUCAUCGAGCCUUUUGGGCUAACUUUAAUUGAGGCAGCAGCUUAUGGCUUGCCCAUGGUUGCCACAAAAAAUGGAGGCCCAGUCGACAUACACCGGGUACUGGACAAUGGUCUUCUUGUUGAUCCUCAUGAUCAACAAUCUAUUGCUGAUGCUCUUCUAAAGCUUGUUGCUGACAAGCAGCUUUGGGCAAAAUGUCGACAGAAUGGGUUGAAGAAUAUUCACCUGUUCUCGUGGCCCGAGCAUUGCAAGAGUUAUCUGUCACGGAUAGCUGGUUGCAAACCUAGGUAUCCGCAGUGGGAGAAAAAUAAUGAUGGCGGUGAUACUUCAGAUGCUGAUUCACCUAAUGAUUCCUUGAGAGACAUACAUGAUAUUUCUUUGAACUUGAAGUUCUCAAUGGAUGGCGAAAAAAUGGGAGCUAGUGGAAAUUUUAUCUCUCUAGAAUCAGAAGGAGAUGCUGGUGAUAGAAAGAGUAAAAUAGAGAAUGCUGUUAUGGCAUGGUCAAAGGGUGUUUCGAAGACUUUGCAGAAGUCCGGGUCCACAGAAAAAGGAGAUUCUGGCAAGUUUCCGGCAUUGAGGAGGAGGAAACAAAUCUUUGUUAUUGCAGUAGAUUUCGACAACAUCUCUGUACUUCUGAAUUCGACAAGAAAAAUUUUCGAGGCUGUUGAAAGAGAGAGGACUGAAGGCUCGAUAGGUUUCAUUUUGUCAACGUCUUUGACCAUUUCCGAGAUUCAAUCAUUUCUUGUCUCGGGGGGCUUUAGUCCUAGUGAUUUUGAUGCAUUUAUAUGCAACAGUGGUAGUGAACUCUAUUACUCGAAUCACAAUUCCGAGGAUGAUCCCUUUGUAGUCGACUUCUAUUAUCACUCACAUAUUGAGUACCGAUGGGGUGGAGAAGGGCUAAGGAAGACUCUGGUUCGCUGGGCAACUUCGGUUUCUGAUAAAAAGGAUGAGAGUAAAGAACGUAUUGUUGCGGCAGCUGAACAACUUUCAACUAACUAUUGUUAUGCUUUCCGAGUGCAAAAGCCAGAAUUCGUGCCUCCAGUUAAGGAACUCCGGAAGUUGCUGAGGAUUCAGGCUCUUCGAAGUCAUGUUAUUUAUUGUCAAAAUGGGACGAGAAUAAAUGUAAUUCCAGUAUUGGCUUCUCGUUCGCAAGCCCUCAGGUAUCUAUAUGUUCGGUGGGGUAUGGACUUGGCAAAUAUGGUGGUUUUUGUAGGAGAAUGCGGGGAUACUGAUUACGAAGGAUUACUAGGCGGGAUACACAAGAGCAUAAUAAUGAAGGGAGUCUGUAGUGGCGCAAGUACCCAACUCCACGCCAACAGAAACUACCCUCUAUCGGACGUCAUACCGAUGGACAACCCGAAUGUUGUUCAGACAGCUGAAGAAUGUACUGGUGCGGAUAUCCGAGGUUCUUUGGAGCAACUAGGAUGUCUCAAGGGCUAGAUGACCUCAAUUCUCGCCUAUCAUCACUCCAAUUAUCUAGUUAGGUUACUCUCAUCAUAAGGAGUCUUAUGCGGUUGCAUUCGCUGAAGCCGCGGCUCGUUGGUUUUGGAUCCUUAGAAAACCUGGUUGUGGGGAUUUCUUCUGGAACCUGGUGAACACCUAUGGUUUAUGUUUAUUCCCUUGUAGAGUCAAUCCUUUCUUGCUCUUACUGGCCUAUGAGUGUUUCUAGUUGAAACACCUAUUGGCUUGUGAGUUUAAAAAUAACACAGAUGCUCAUGUCCUAUUUGUAUGGCUAUUGUACACAGUUUCACCUAAUUACAGCAUUGUAAUAAUCAGACAAAUGACGGGGAGACAUAAAUACCCCUGCAAUAUUUACCAUCUUCCUGGAGCUGA